AUGGUUGGUACCAUGCAUAAACUCAAAAACAAAUUGCGCGGAAGUCUCCUGCUCAAAAAAGAAAGCGCAUACGAGCUUAACGACGACUCAUUGCGACGAAAGCAUACGCAGGACGAGACAGUGCGGGUGGACCGUAGCGCAACAUUAACCGACACUGUGAACAUGACAGACGAUGUAGAGGAAAUGUUUUACAACCGCUCCACGGCCACUUCAGGUAUUCCGCAAUAUCGUACAACGGAGCAGAUCCGAGGCAACAAUUUGGCAUUAUAUGCUUUGCACGAAGACUUCGAGACGCAGUCGACUGCGAGUGACGCUAGUAGCAGUUUUUCACAAUUCUCGGCCACAACGCCUAGCAGCUACGCGGCCUCCACACCUGGUAAUCAUGCCGGAAUUCACCACGACUUUUCCACGAUGUACAAUACGACGAGCACGUUACCUGCCAUUAGCGGGGACUUUGACCUGGAGCGUCUCCACUCUGAGGUGUUAAAGAUAAAGAGUGAGGUCAAAACGAUCCGACGAGAAGUCAUGAACGAAUUGCAUGUGACUCGCUACGAUGUGCUUAAGGAGCUAACGCUGCUUAAAGGUGCAAUCGCUCAAUUAGCAUCUACGAAGUCGCUCAAUUCGUCCUCGUCCGUGUCGUCCACCGACAGCUCGUCCUCGGAUCCGCUGUCAAGCGAUGAGCGUGCGGCGCUGACUCGCCAGACGCCCACUAAAACGUCGCAGGCUACGCGUGAUCGCCUCGCAGCGCCUCGCAUCAAUACUAAUAAAGCACCACCAAGGGCUAUCAGGGCCAGUGCGAGACUUACGCAGUUGGCCCCAGUGGCUGAUGACGCUUUAUCGACGCCAUUAAAUUCUCAGCAAAUUAAUGAAUCCUUUCCGCUUAUUGACUUUACUUCAGAGCUCGCUGCUCAUGCUCGCAGCCUGACUCCCGGUUCUCGCUCGUGGGCACUGACCCGCAUACAGGAGUGGCUUGAUGCUCGGUUCCACAUGGGUAACGAUACUUUACUAGCUGUCGUAGGUGAAGGAGGCUCUGGCAAAAGUGCGUUCUGUGGUACGGUGGCACAGCAAUUUCGCGGAAAUUUGCUAGCCGCGCAUUGCUGUCAGUUUGACCGCAAGAGCAAGAGCCGCCCUCGCAAUGUGCUGCUGUCAAUGGUACACCAACUUGUAGACAAUCUUCCUCUUUUCAAGAACCAAUUGGCUCGCCUUAAUCUCAGAUAUGUGCUGGAGGAGACGGACCCCUUCCUACUGGCAAAUAAAGUGCUCAUUGACCCGCUAAAUGCUUUGGAAGAACCCACGCACUCGACAUUUAUCUUAAUAGACGGAAUUGAUCAGUGCGCGACCGGAUCGAACGGUCGCAACGAGCUUCUGGAAUUCAUUUCUCAAAUCAUUUCACUGCUGCCGUCGUGGGUAGGAUUUCUAGUUUCGUCCAAGCCAUCGUCCAAGCUCGCCAAAUGUCUACCUGUGUCGUCGGUUCUAGACUUUAGUGCCAAAAAUGGGGCAUUUGUAGCAGAUGCAUCAAGCCUUGUUGAAGAUAUUUCUCAAUACUUUAGCGAUGAUGAUGCAGUCGAGGCAAAGAGAAUGCUCACGAAGAAGAGCGGUGGCAACUUUGCAUAUCUGGAAUUUACCAAACAGGCUUUAUCCCACCCAGGCAUGGCGGUGACGAGCACAAAUGGUGUCGUCCCGCUCAGUGUACUCCGUGAGCUUCCUGAGACCCUGUACGACAUUUACGCUGAGAUUUUUGAGGAUAAGUUUGGACAGGGCCAUGCUCGUGCGUGGGGCAAGGCAAAACCACUUUUACAGCUAAUUGUGGGCGCAGCAGCAGGUCCUUACUCGCUCGUGACGGAAGAGCAAGCUAAAAAGCAACUUGAUCUCAACGCUGACGAUCUGCGGAUGCUGCGUCGAUCGUUCGUAGAUAUUGUAGCUGUAAAACAUGAAGAGCAGUUUUACUUUAGCAUUGAAGACGCGCUCCUUGCUUUACGCAAGAUGCGUCUAAAUUCAUCCAGUGACUCUAGUUCCGGUGAUCCCGGCAUCUCGUCGGAUAAAAAUGCGCCUGAUCACAACCGCAGGUUGUCCCGGGCGAACAGCCGCGGCAAAUUGCCUAACAAGUCGCAGCGUCAUGAGCCACGUACCAACUUCGAAAACUAUAAACCUGUAGGCAUUUUAAAGCGCGGCAAGUUGUAG